AUAACGAAUAACAAAGAUGGUGCGUCGAUGCUCGAAGCAUUCGUUCCAUGAUCGUUCUUAGAAGAGGAGUCGUGCUGACCAGCCAUAUUGUUUCACCGCAGUGUUUGUUUUGGUGCAACCUAGAUUUCAUAUUGAAAAAUCGAGGAAAAUUAAUACGGCGCUGAGUAAAUUAGACGGGUUUUAAGCGAAAAUCAUAUUUUGGGGCGUUGUACAAGUAACGGUGAUCGUGCGGUCUUUUCAAUUGUUCGCUGUCAGCCGAAGGGGGGCUAAUCCGGUAUAAUCUGGGUGUCAGUCGACGCGCACGAGAAACGGCCGAACGAAAGAAAUGGCCUGCGCUACUCUAAAGAGAUCCUUGGAGUUCGACCCGGUGCACAGUCAUGGUCGUCCUAGCAAGCGACGAAGAUGCGUCCCUAUGUGCGUUUCGCCCAGUACAUCGACGCAGAACAGUCCAGGAUCGCAAAAUCCCUCGCCCUUCGGCGAAAUUACUCACAAACUAACUCCUGAAAAAAUGGCUGCCAAUAUCAGAGAAGAAAUUCGUAGACUGCACCGACGCAAACAAUUAUAUUUUAAUCCUCAAGUAAACAAUGGAGAUUCUUCAGAUAUGGAAAGUCCUUCCGGUCCGUCUAGCCCAUCAGCAUGUGCUUCAAAUUCUUACACUCAUAGCGGAAAAGAAAAGCCUCUUUUUACAUUUAGACAGGUUGGCUUGAUUUGCGAGCGGAUGCUUAAGGAACAAGAAACACAAAUUCGAGAGGAAUAUGAUCAGAUCUUAAACAUGAAGCUUUCAGAGCAGUAUGAUGCUUUUGUUAAAUUCACCUAUGAUCAGAUACAGAAAAGAUUUGAAUCUGAAGCUGCGCCAAGUUAUCUAUCCUAAAAGAAGAUUGUUAUUUAUAAGGACACAUUUCUUUGAUGAAUAUUAUAUUUGUACUGUGUGAAACAAAUUUUGCUUCAAGCAAUUUUGCUGAAUACGCUGUGCCACCUCAUUCGAAAAAUUAUCUUUAGACAGACCCAGUAUAGUUUACUUUACAAGUAAAAAAAUAAAUAAAAUAUAAAAAAAAAAAUUAAUAAAAAAUACAAAAACCUUGAAGAAGGAAGAAGAACAUAGUAAAGUAAGUUUAGUAGACUCACACUGAAUAACAACCAGACUUAAAAACAAAAAUUUACAAUGUAUACUAUUGAACUAACAAUAUUUGUACUGUCACACAUAAUUCAAGUAUGGUGGUAUCAGGGAACUGUAUUACGAGAAUGUUCUUAUAUAAGAGCUGAUGCGGUUGAAAUUAAUAUCUUAAACGAGGCUUGAAGUACUGUACUCAACAAUAGCCCCUAGAACAUUCAUGUGAUAGUUCUUUGUUAGUGUACAGUUAUAAUGCUACAGCGUCUCAAAUAUUUUCUUUAAGAAAUGCAAUAAUUAAUGCUUGUAUACUACAAAUUUGUAAAUCAUGUGUCAUUAUUGUAAUAUUAUCCAUGACUAAAGGAAAUCGCUGAUUCAAAGCAAAGUGUACAAGGAGAAGAUUGAAAUGUAUUAAAAUGUGUCUUUUGUUUAAUUACACAAAAUCGAA